GAGAGAGUAGAGGGGUCUGAUUGGUGAGGAGGAGGGGGUAAGUUGAGUUGGGACUCCGCUCCUCGGCUGGUAUCCCAGGAAUGUGUUGAUCAUGGCGGCCGCAGUGAAGCCCGUGAAGAGCGGACUGCUGGAGCUCCGCGUUACCGUGCACCACUGGAUCCGCGUGCUCGCCACUCUCAGCGAGGACUCGUUCACCGUGAGCCCCGGAGACACCGUCGAUGAGCCCGCGCCCGGUGGGGCUCUUAACGGCGAUCCGGCGAACCUCAGCGCCUCGCCGGUACCGGACACCAUCACGAACGUCAAACGAACCGUCAGAGUCACCAAACAAGAUGUUGGAGGACUCGGAAUAAGUAUUAAAGGUGGGAAGGAGAAUAAGAUGCCCAUCCUGAUCUCAAAGAUCUUCAAAGGACUGGCGGCGGACCAGACAGAGGCUCUUUACGUGAGCGAUGCGAUUCUGUCCGUCAACGGCUAUGACCUCAGAGAGGCCACUCAUGACGAGGCUGUUCAGGCCCUGAAGAAAACUGGCAAGGAGGUCAUUCUGGAAGUGAAGUAUAUGAAGGAGAUGUCAGCGUUUUUUAAGGGCGGAUCGACGACGGGACCCCCGGUUCUCGAUUCUCCUCCAGCCACCCCACAGAAACAGACGGACCCAGCGUUAAAAGAGACCCAGACCAUCCCGCUCCGAAUGUGCCACGUGACACGCAAACAGUGUCCACCAGACACAGAGGACAGGUAUUUCGAGGUGGUGUCGUCAGACAGGAAGAAGUGUGUGUUUCUGCGGGCUAAAGAUCAUGCCAUGGCUCAGGCCUGGUACAACGCCAUCCAGAGCAGCAGCGCAGCGUUACUGAGCAGCGCCAAAGCCCAGCUCAAAGCCCUGCAGCCCAGUCUGGACAUCACACACAUCGGCUGGAUCAUCGAGCAGGGAUCAGAGCGGCCGAUCCUGGCGGUGUUGACAGACAGAGAUCUGCUGCUGUACACAUCUCUACCCGACAGCAAAGAGACGCUCAACAGCCCAGACAAGAGCUAUCCUUUAAUUACCACCAGGCUGGUUCACUCGGGCCCGGGCAGGACUUCAUCGGUGCACGACUCUGAGCUGACAUUCGGUCUGCGUUUGGGCAGUAAGCAGGGAGUGGAGACGCAUCUGUUCAGAGUGGACACGGCUAAAGAUCUUUCCAGCUGGACACAGCUGAUGGUGGAGGGAUGCCACAGCGCCGCUGAGCUCGUGCAGGAGGUCACCACAGCGUGCAGCUGGAACGGGAAGUCGUGUAUGUUGAGCGUUCACAUAGACAAGGGCUUCUCUCUGUACACGGAGGAGUCCGGCGUCCGGAGGAACGUCCUUCUCCAGCAGCCCUUCGAGCGUCUGCGCAUGUCCUCCGACGACGGCGUCCGCAUGAUCUUCCUCGACUUCGGAGGCCCAGAAGCUGAGAUUCAAUUGGAUCUUCAGUCCUGCCCUAAAACCAUGGUGUUCAUCAUUCACUCGUUCCUGUCGGCCAAGGUCAAGCGACUAGGGCUGUUAGCAUGAUGACUGAAGGGACCGCUGGACCACUGGACAUCAAGCCAAAUCUUCCCUCACAGACUGUCAGCCAUUCACUGAUUAUUUCAUAACGCUGUCGUUAUUAUUUUAUUGGUUUGUAUCUCAAAUGCAUACGCUAUGAGAGCAGCAACAGAAACACAACAAGAGAUUCAACUCUGUUCCACAACCUACAUAGGCAGCUGUCUACUAAGGGAGCGUCUAGACUGAACUGAUUUAUAAUACUGCAAUAAUAAGUGUAAAAAGCUG